AUGCACCCAACGCAGCGCGAGGAACGCGCCAGUGUGAACUGGCACAGCGCCUCGCACGGCGCCUUGUCGUCUGCUGGACCGCAACGGAGAAAUGACGAAUCCUGGGUCGAGAUCUCCUCCCAGCCCUCCUCUUCCUCCCUUUCCUCCAUCGGUGACGAGAUCGUGACGACCGGCUUGAGGGUUGGAAACCCACCCGCUGCCCGCCGCCGUCGGGUCCAACCUCCUGGGCCACGAUCCUACCACGUCGACCAGGCUGCUAUCCAGGGAGGCACCAGCAGCCAGGAAGAAUACGAGGAGACGGAGAGUGAAGAGGACAGGCUCUUGUCGAGCUCCAACGAGAACGUUCAACAGCCCAUCCCCGCCGCCACUCGACAAACACAUCCAUGCCGUCGCACCCUCACAGCCGGGUACGCCCUGCGCUGA